CGCCUUCUUUUCUUCCGCUCCUGUUCGCUGGAUGGCAUCGUCAGAGCCCCCGCUACCACGCAUCCGAGCCGCACUCCCUGACGCAUCGGGCGCAGCUGCCUCCUCACCAGGCCACCCUCCCCAUCGAGUCCGCCUGGCGGCGCCUCCUCCCCGCCCAGUGGCCCGGCCCCGUGUCACCGUUGCUCUUCCCCUCCGCCACUGCUGGUCCGCCCGCGGCCGGGCGCGGGCGCUGCUGCCUCCCCAUCCGUCCGCUCUGAGGACUAAACAAAGCAGACUCUUUCCGUUGCUGGCUUCAGCAUAUGCAUUCAGAUUUGUGGGUGAUUGGGUCAAGUGGCUAUACGCGAAUGCCACUCGGAAACUGGAGGCUAAAGAUUACUCAACACUGCAAGAAGCUCAUGCAUGUACUUCUGGUUUGAAGGUCGUGACUACAUCUGGAGCAAAUAAGUCAUCGGAGGAACACAAGGCAGAUGCAGAGCCAUCAGGAGACAAUGCUUCUCUUGAGAAACAAAUGGAGGCUGAUGAGGUGAGUGCCAAAACUUCAGAGAAUAUUGUGACUCCUGACAAGCCAAUGGAGGAGGGAGAGGCAAGUGUUGAUAGGGCAAGCACGGAGCCAUUAGAAGACAAUGCUGCUCUUGAGGAACCAAAGGAAGAAAAAAGGCGGUUCACAAGCUGUUUGGGGACAGAGUAGCCCUUGCUCAAUUUUGUAUACAUUCUGAUGUAUAUAGUAUAAGGCUCAAAUUUUGUAUAGGAUCUGAUGUAUAUAGUGUAGCGCUCAAACUGUACAAUGUAUGGAUGUAUGACAAAGGAGAUAUUAUUCUGAAAUAAAUAUGGUUGUUUUUUUAACA